GCGUAAUUACGUCAUCAUUCAGUCUGCUUUGCUGUGCUUUGGCUUGUGAUCGUUGUUUUUCAUUCGUAGGUUAAAUCAAAGUAAACAUGUAGCUUUUUUAUUUUUUAUCCAUCGUAAGGCACCUAGCUAACAUUUACGCGUGACGUAUUUGGCGAGGAAGGUCUAAUCGGGAUGUCUGCUGUGCUUAAAAUGGCAAAUGAUGUCGCUUCCUUUGGCUGUAAAGGGCUGUGUCUUGCUAGCGUUGCUAAUCAAACAGCUUGUCGCUAGAAACGGGGUAAAUUGAGGCUAUCCUAAAGUAAUGGCAGACGAAUUUAUAUGCCUUUGAGUGCGUGAAAGAGGCGGAAAAUGGAGAAAUCUGGAAGCCCUGGUCCCUCGUCGCCUGUGAAUGGAAGGCAAUGCAACGAUUACGACAGCAAGCGGAAGAGGAAGAUAGCGGACAUCACACAGGCUUUGAGCAGCAGUCCCGUGGAUGUGGCGGCUCUGAGGAGGAUGGCCAUCAGUGAAGGGGGGCUGCUGACCGAUGAGAUCCGCUGUCAGGUCUGGCCUCGGCUACUCAACGUGCCGUCUCAUGUGCUGGAGCAGGAGCCAGAAACUGUGGAUCGAGAGAACAACAAGGAUUACAACCAGGUGCUGCUGGAUGUACAGCGCUCACUGCGGAGGUUCCCCCCUGGUAUGCCAGAUGAGCAGAGAGAGGGUUUGCAGGAAGAACUGAUCGACAUCAUCCUCCGGGUGCUCAAACGAAACCCUCAGUUGCACUAUUACCAGGGAUACCAUGACAUAGUCGUCACCUUUUUAUUAGUUGUUGGAGAGCAGCGAGCAACAGCUUUGGUGGAAAAACUGUCCACUCAUCACCUCAGGGACUUUAUGGACCCCACAAUGGACAAUACAAAACAUAUACUGAAUUAUUUGAUGCCUAUCAUUGAUAGGGUCAACCCCGAGGUUCAUGAUUUCAUGCAACAGUCCGAGGUGGGCACAGUCUUUGCCCUAAGCUGGCUGAUCACCUGGUUCGGCCAUGUCCUGUCAGACUUUAGGCACGUUGUGCGGUUAUAUGACUUCUUUCUUGCCUGCCAUCCUCUAAUGCCCAUCUAUUUUGCUGCUGUAAUUGUUCUGUACAGAGAAGAGGAAGUACUGGAGUGUGAGUGUGACAUGGCAAUGGUCCAUCACCUGCUGUCCCAGAUCCCUCAGGACCUCCCCUAUGAGACUCUCAUCAGUCAGGCUGGAGACCUGUUUGUUCAGUUUCCUCCCUCUGAACUAGCUAAAGAGGCUGCCUCCCAUGACAGCAUGGCUACCACAACUUUUAAAGACUUUGAGCUUGCAUCUACUCAAAGACCAGACUCGGUUCUUCGGCGCCGGCGCAGACAGAAGGCGGCGACUGUAGAAAGCCCCGCCCCCUCAGCAGUGGCGGCGGUGGCUCAGCCUUCAGCAGCACGGCGCUUCGUCCGGUUGGCCGUCAUGGGGCUGACGGUGGCUUUAGGGGCGGCUGCUCUCACUCUGGUCAACACUGCUCUGGAGUGGGCCCCCAAACUUGACCUGUUUCCUUGAACUGCUCCAUUCUUAACAUUUUUACCCCAAUGGAAUCAGAUUUUUGUCAAAAUAUAUACAUUUUCAGGCCAUAGUAGUUAGAGCUCCUUAAAGCUACAAUUUGCAAGAUUUUUUUUUUUUUUUUCACUAGUAGAUGGCAGAUAUGAAACCUGUUCUCCCCUUCCCUCACCUGGCCUCUCUUCAGGCUCAUGUAUGUUCUCUAGUCGUCUUCUGUCAGGUCAAAGCUGGCACACUAUUAGACUGCAGUAUUGUAGAUAGCAUCUAGUGGUGAUAUGUGAGAAUGCAUUUUAUUUAAUUUCACACUUCAUGUACUCCUGCUUCUUCCUAGUUUAUAAGGGACAUUUUCCAUUACCUGCACUGCCGUGCCAAAGGCUUUCUCUGUAGAUAAUACUAUCUAUGACUGGUGUUGUCUUGUUAUAAAACCCUCUGUAAAACGAUCACCUGUGACCAGCCCCACUGGCCUCUGUCCAGGGUAUAUUCCACUUACUGUCGGUGACUUGGAUGGACUUCAGUCACCUGAAAUAAAUCCAAUAAGGCAAAUGUUGUGUAUAUAUGACUAUUUUAGUGAUAUCUACCAAAUCCACAACUAGUCUGCUAACACGUAGCCUUAUUGUUACAUCAUGGAUCAACACAAUUAAAAUACACACACAACAUCUCGUACUGUAUAUAAUUUUGGCCAAAUCUGAUUCCACUUCUCAUCAACACAAUUUCUGGACUACAUAUUGUCUAAAUACUGACAGCUUUGUGAAGACUUGACACUAAAAAUUUUUCCUCCCCUAGGAAAUCUAAGGAUCCUAAGUGAAAGUCUGCUGGAGAAAGAGACUGGGUUUUAUGAAAAAGGAUCUGUAAAAUAAAAAGACUGUAUUUAUACAAAGUAUCAUGAUCAAAGUUUAUUUAUGUAAGAUUAUAACACAUGCUUAUAGAGAUUUAAUGCUGACUGCUUAGACUUGAAACUGCUGCCAUUCGAGAGGUGUUAAGUAUGAAUGAUGUGUGUUUGUAGUCCUAAUUUGUCAGCGAUUUACCACAAGAGCCAAAUGGUGGAUUGUGUGACUUCUUUUUGUGUAUAUUUGCUAUAGACGUUAAAAGUUUGGUCAUGACACACAGACACACUAAGGCUACUAAUUAGGCAAAUGCAUAAUAACUACAAUAUCGUAAAGCUAUCAUUUCAUGUUUACUUAAGUCUUGGUAUUGAAAUAUGAUGCAGAUUUACUCCUGUUAUAUAGUUCAAAAUAUAUAACAAUUAUAUUUUAUAGCAGUGGCUUAAAAGGGCCUGUGUUUCAUGACCUGAAAACUGAAAAUUAUGCUUCAACUCACAUUUCUCCAUUUUUUUUUUCGUUUACACUUAAAUGUCACAUGUUGUAGUAUUUUUGAAGACAUAAACCACAUACGUCCCACCAUUUUAAAGCACCAUCUCCGCACUUUAGUGUAUUGUUUACAGCAAACUCGCGCGCAUCAAUAAUUCACCAUUUUUAAAAUUGUGCUCACAUGGGAAAAUGCAUUACUUUGAAAAUCAGUGAAUGCAUAGAGAAAUAUUUAACUUUUAAUUUGGCACUAAAAGCAUAUUUUUAUAGAAGCUUUGAAGGAACUGUAUGUAAGUUAUUGAUUUUAAGUUCCAUAAACAGAGCCUGUGUCCCCAGAUAUGACCUAAAUGUGUUCUAAUCAAAUGUAACUUGAACUGAUAACAAUUGUAAUGCUGAUUUAUUCUUAAUUAGAUAAACAAUCUCAUUUAUUUGGUGUCAUGUUUGUCAGCACUGUUAUCCAAUCACAAAUCAGAAUGAGCUGAAUGAUGCUGAACAGCAGCUGGGUUAAACUUACAAGGAUUUUCUCUUAUCUGAAUCCUCACUAUACAAAAACGUGUAUGUGUCCUCCAUCUUAAAGCUCUGGCAAACCAAGUUCAGUUGUGAUUGUAGUACUUUUUUUGAAACUAGAAGCACAGCGACUAUAUACUGUUCCUUUAAAUGCUUUUAUACUGUAAAUUCUCUAACACAUCCAUGUUACUUUUCAAAUUGAGGGGCCAUCUUGAAAUAUUUACUUAUUUCUUCGCGCUUAUUAUUCAACUAUUUCAUUUUUCCUCUACUAUACACUUAAAAUUCACCUGCCAGCUUUCACAGUAGUUCAGAACAUCUCAUUGCAAAUACAGUACACUUCCACGUAAAUGUGUAUUACUUUUGUUCUAUGAUAAAUAUAAAAUGCUGAAGUUCAUUUGUUUUGCCUUAGCAGUCUCACACUGGUUUAAGUUGUAAGUACAAUAGACUUAUUUAAUGAAGGUUGUUACAUACACUUUUUUAUUAUUUGAAUGCACUAAACUUGUAUUGGCCUUUUAUUUUGUUAUUAUAAAUAUGUUUGAUGGAUGUAAAGUUGUACAGAAUAUUAACAAUUAAAGCAGUAAAAAAAAAACUUUAUGGUGUUU